CCCGCUUGUGGCAGCCGCUAUCUAUAACUUUAUCAUCCUGACAUCUUUCUCCCUCUCUCAUCUUCAACCUCUAGCCGCGCCACAAGUUAUUAUUUGAAGCCUACCAUGCUGAGAUCUUCAUAGGCUCGAUAUCAAGUAAAUCCUCUUCAGAAUCAGUUUGAUCAUUGGUCUAGGAGCGUCUAAUAGUCUACUCCGCUCGGGCCCGGGACCCUCCCUCACCCCACAGGAUCCGCCUCGUCAUCGGGCACCCGCCUUUUUAGGCUGAGCUGGUCGAGGGAAAAUUCGAGGAAAACAGCCCUCUGUCGCUCAUAAAGACAAGGCUAAAGUGUCCCUCUCACGAGAUAACACCUCUAUCCAGACGCCCAUCCCUUACCUCAGCGGCCUCACAUCUGCGGUAUCCCACUUUUCCUCCCUUAAGUGGUUCAGUUGAAGAGUGGCUGUCUCGCUCGAGGCCUAUCAGUAUGACGUCGAGCCCUUCGAUGGACCACACGCCCAGGUCACUGAGCGAAAGUUGGGCGACACUGAGCGCCUCUGAUGUUCACUCUGAGGACGGCAGUCGCUCUGAACAGACCGAUGUUGGAUCUCUAAUUGACCAAGCCGGCCCGGAUGAUGUUGCAAGCCUUGACGGUCAGUAUAGCGGUAGUGAGAUUUAUGAGAACGAGGAGGAUGACUACGAUUCAAAAAGCAACAUUUCUGGUUCGCAGGAACUGCCCGCCCUUUUCCCUCAGAUUGAGGGUUCUAUCGAUGACAGUAACAUUACCACCAAGACUGCUUUCCGCCAGUCAACCGAGUCAAUAGAAUUCACUGAGCCUGAGAAAUGGCCUGAGGUCGAACAAGUGGAGCUGAAGCAUACCAUUCAUAUGUUUGAGGGAGCCGAGGCUGCUGGGUUGAAGAACCAGUUCUCUGUCGAUCUCCAGGACUCUAUUCUUACUGCUACCGUCCAGCAAACGAUGACGAAGAAGAGCCUAGACACUGACAAGCCGUUUCGUGUGCUCUAUAUUGGAGAUUACGAGUUUCGAAACAUCAUUCUCGACAAGAUUGGCGAUGUUCUUGUGUCAAGCACGUGUAGUGGCUUCGAAAGCAGUUCCGCAGAAUCUUCUAGAUAUCACGUUGUACCAACAUCCUUCGGGACAGGCGCAGUGCCUAAUUUCGCUGAGCUUCUUCCAAUCCAUGUUCAACUUAUUGUUGACGAGUGUCCUGAGGCGUCUGUUGGUUUUCAAAGCGAUAAGCCCAACACCAUUAAGUUGAACUUCAAGAAUCGACCUUCAUGCACGUCUUUCUGGGCAGGGGGUGAGUAUUGUAUCUCGUCUUCAUCCGAAUGGACACUUCCCAAUGUAGCAAUCAUUUUUUUAUCCAGCAGGGACUCUGCAGCUGCGGAGGAAACCCAAAAACUGGCUCGCAUAUUCAUGGAAAGGCAUGGCAUUCCAACUAUGGUUAUUUCAGAGAAGCCAAUUUGGAAUCUGGCCGAGUUAAUCCCACUUAACCACCAUAGCCUUCACAUGUGCCUGGAAUCGCGUCAUCCGUUGACCGGUAAAACCACAGUCCUAAGAAGAUAUCCCAUUGAUCUAGCGACUUUUGAAAGCAUCACACCCGGACAACUCAAUAGGAAUCUUGCCUCCUUAGUGAGUAUCUAUACUAAGAAGUCUGGCAAGAUUACCCUGGAGAAUACAGAAAACGUUCAGACGAAGCCACUUCUCAAUGUUGAGAAAUAUACGAAACUACCCUUCAUCGCGCACCUGAAUGACGAUUGUGGGCUAAUGCCUGUGCUGCGUUUAAUCGUCCUCACCGUUCUCUUAAGCGUAGCUACCCUUCUAGCGCACUCUGCCCUACGUGCAGCGUCGAUUCUAUUCGCGCAGUUUUCUGCUCAGUCGGCCAUCUCCACCAUUGUAUCCAUGGGCCCGAGCAGUACUCCCCCCACCAGUAUUAUACCAGCAAAUGAUUCAAAACAGACUUCGCUUUCAACUCUAUCUUCCUCGGUAACUGAUAUUCAAGUUUUGGGCAACCGGCCCCACAGCGAUUCUCCGUUGGACACCCUGGUGGAUGGGCUGUUGUCUCCUGCCAAAAAGCAGGAGUCCAGUGGCUUUGAGAUUCAGGUUGUCGGUGAUUGCCACCUUGUCAUAAAACCACCCAAGAGGUCUGUGGCCGGGAAGAAGCAGCCAAAAUUUGGGGUUCAAGUUAGUCGGGGGGGCGAACAUCUCGCGUAUGAGCUCUCUCACCUGUUUGAUGGGGUAUACACACUCAAACUUGAUCGUGGGGAUGCAUUCGGGAUAGUGAAUGUCACAGUGACUAUGGCUUCGAAACAUCCCCUCAAUCAGACUACAUCUGUGGACUUUGGAACACCGUGGCUGAAGAUUGCGAACUGGAAGCGUGCGGUGCAGGUAAUCUCAUCGCAACUUAUGGGUGACUUCAACAAUGCACAAGCUGGAUUGUCAGAAGUAUACAGCCGAUACCGCACCGAUUUGCAAGUUCUCAUGGGGGAUGUUGUGAAAAGAGCUCACCUCUUACGCCACGAAUCAAAUCUUCUUCAGCAUGGCCCUGUACAACUUCUCGAGACGAAAGAUGUGGUCAUCUCGACGUCCAAGCGGCUUUCCGAGGUCGCCAAGCGUACUGCCGUGCAACCGCUCCUCGCCGCCUCUUCUGUGCUGCAGGACACAACUAAGAGAGUAAAUCGAGAGACGCGGGAUGCCAUCAGUGAUACAUGGCAUAGAAUUAGCACACAGCCGCAUGGACUUGACCUCAAGUCUAUAAAGGACCAAAUUCGAAAUGCAAGAAAGUGCCAUGCGUUAGACAAGGCGCAGAGAAGAGCAAAAGGCUUAAUGAAACGGAAGUGCCAACAUUCUGAAUGUUCGUGAUACGACCAAUGGACCUCAUAUACAAACUAUAGCGUCCAUCUUUUUACAUUUCUAGGUCCUGUACUUGCUUCUCAUACGUGCCUCCGAUGUUCUCCUUCAAUUAUCUUUCUCCUUGUAUCGUUCUCUUUUCUCUUUUAUUCUUUUGGGGGGGGGAGCGGUUUGGUUUGUUCCUCGGCGAAAGGGUACUGUGAUAUUUUGCUUUAAUUUAUCUUUUAACAGGCUGGAAUGGCGUAGGGUUCUCGGGACAAAUGCUAUGUAGAAAUGAAUAUGAUGUGAAACAAUCGCUCUAUCA